CCAAUCUUUCAUAGGCCAGGAUGAAGAUCUGACUCAGCGGUUAGAAGUUUUCUCGCUUUCAGAAACGGAAAAUGUUAUCAUUGAUAUUGCCAAAAUAGAUAUUCGAUACAGUGCAGAAGAAUGCCAUAAAAGUUUGUUCGGCAAAAUUAUCGGCGAUAGGCCGGUAAGCUGGAUGGGAGUGAAACGUACUAUGAGUUACAUUUGGAAACUGCGUCAGCCAAUGGAGGUUAAAGAGCUGGCACCAAACUUCUUCCAGUUCAUAUUCCAAAGUAAAGAAGAUUUGGAAAGGGUUGCUCGAGGUACAAAUUGGACUAUUGAUAACCAGUUCCUCCUGCUUUCAGAAUGGAAAGAGCGCUUAUCCGCUAAUCAUCCAGUAUUUCAAGAGCUUCCAAUUUGGGUUCAAGUUUAUAAUGUGCCUCUCAACUGGCUAAGCACAGAGGUGGGCUACAAAAUUGGGAGAGUGUUUCACCGUCUCAAAAAUGUGGUUGUAGCUGGUGCAGGUAACCAUGGUGGAAAGAUUCUCCGGCUUCUAGUCACAAUUAACCUUGCUGAAUCUCUUCCUAGAUGUGCUACGAUAAGGCUGGGAGAGGAGAUUGUUAAAGUCAGUUUCAAGUAUGAAAAACUGGUAAAUAUGUGCAAUUACUGUGGUCUUAUUGGUCAUUUAGACAGAAGCUGUCAAAGGAAGAUCAAUGACAUAGCUAAUAGCUCUCUGAGGAUGGGCCAAUAUGGUGAUUGGAUGAAAACCCCAGAAUUCAACCAAUGGGCCUCAACUAGUACAUCAAGCUCUCAGUUCCAAUCCUCAGACUCCCCUGCUACUCCUGUUCAGGCAUCAUCUCCUCCUAAUACUUCCACGAGCCAACUCAGAGAGUCGAACCAAUUUCCUUCUGCUGAUAAAGGCACUCAAAAGUCUAUUCCUCAAGAGGUGCAGAACUCAACUGGCUCCAAAGCUCCCCCCCGGGAAAUCAUUUUAGCAUCCUCUUCGGUUGUGCCUAUCCCAUUACCAGAUGAGCAUCCAACUCAAAUCACAAUGGCACAUCACAUUUUAGAGACAUUCUCUUUGGUUCCAACUCAACCAUGCUCUAACCCAGGAGGCCCUCAAGAAAUUCUUAUGAUCGAGAACUCCCCAUCGAAACCCAAAACCUGGAAAAGGGCUGCCAGGAAAGAUGGCAGACUCACAAGACAGAAUGAUG